AUGACCAUCUCCCACUACGGUGUCUGGGCCUGCCAGCCGACUCGCUAUUCCGCCGAGACAGAGAAACAGGACUCCAAGUCUCCCCAUAUCCAUCUCUACUUCACCGACGAUUCCUCGUCAAGCAGAAACCUCGAGGCAGCUAUCAAUGUCAAGUCCACUGACAAGGAUACCCGACUUGUCUUUUGGCUGAAUCGGAAUUUCAGUCACCCCAUCACCGAGGAGCUUUCGCAACUCGAGCAAGGCUUCCACCUGGCCCAGUCAGGCUCCUCGUCCAACUCAGCCCACGAGGAUCACAGUCAAAGCUCAUCUCGCCACCAAAGCCACGGUCACCACCAUUACCACGAACGCCUUGUUCGCCGACAAGAGUCCACCUUGCAAGGUCUUGAUUUUGUCCGUACGGAGAACCUUAUCGAUAUCCAGUCCGGCCAAGUUCUUCCGCAUGAUAUUCCUGGUCCCAACAAUGACAUUCUGGACGAACUUGACCCCAUUCUAACCGACGCGAUCAACAAGAAGGCGACUGCCUAUAUCUUUGGAUCAUCAUAUGGCUCCGGUAUUCAUGACAUUCAUAUGAACCAGGGCAGUCUUCCUAGUUUCGCCAACGGUAUCUACGAGGAUGGAGCAUUGCUGUUCAAGUUUGAUGAUGGACACUGGGAGGCUGUCUUCCUGGCCUUUGCCUCGCAGAAGAUCCCCACCGAUGACCAGGGUGAAGCACAGUCCAACAGCAAGUCACUGGCAGAUAUUCUGGGGCAGUGA